AUGAAGUCGUCAGACAGUCGCCCCUCCAGAGUGGGUAGAAACCCCUUCGCCCACGAGCUAAAAUUCACCAUGACAGAAAAAAUAAAGAUAGGACUGAUGUCAAUUACAGUGUUUCCAGUGCGCCUGCUGCUGGUGUCCUUCCUCAUGCUGCUGGCUUGGCCCUUUGCUUUCACAGCCUCGCUGGGACGUUCUGAGUUUGUCGUUGAGCCACAGUCAUUGUGGAGGAGGUUCUUAGACCUGAGUCUCCGGGUGAUCAUGCGAGCCAUGUGGUUUUGCGGAGGUUUCCAUUGGAUCAAGGUGAAAGGGGAAAGGGUAGCACCCUCCGAAGCUCCCAUCCUCACCGUGGCACCACACUCCUCAUAUUUUGAUGCCAUCCCAGUUACCAUGACCAUGUGCUCCAUUGUCACCAAACUGGAGAGCAGGAGCAUUCCCGUGUGGGGCACUCUGAUCAGCUACAUCAGGCCAGUUUUUGUGUUUCGCUCGGACCAGGACUCCAGAAGGAAAACUGUGGAGGAAAUCAAGAGGAGAGCCCGGUCUGGAGGGGAGUGGCCUCAGAUCAUGAUAUUCCCAGAGGGGACGUGCACCAACAGGUCGGGUCUCAUCUUAUUCAAGGCUGGUGCUUUCAUCCCAGGGCUCCCAGUGCAGCCAGUGGUGCUACGCUAUCCAAACAAACUGGAUACUGUUACAUGGACGUGGCAAGGUCCCGGAGCGUUCAAAAUCCUGUGGCUCACUCUGUGCCAACUUCAUAAUCCUAUGGAGAUAGAGUACUUGCCUAUUUACCACCCAUCAAAAGAGGAGAAGGAAAACCCUGCUCUGUUUGCCAAUAAUGUCAGAAAGCUCAUGGCUAAGGCACUGGAGGUGCCACUCACAGAUCUAUCAUUUGAUGACCGUGAGAUCAGCCUAUCACAGGGCCCACUGCGCAUUUAUGAUUACAGCUCCCUACUGGAGUUCAACCAGCUGGUGUACCGCUUAGGGCUGAGAGCAGGGACGACAGAAAAGGUGCUUGAAGAGCAGGCCAGAAGAGCCAGAAAGCUACAGGGAGACAUGCUGAGUGUAGAAGACUUUGCCCAGUUCUUCAACCUGCCAGUUACAGACACACUCACACAAGUCCACAGCCUCUUUGACCAGCAUGGAGAUGGGCAGAUAGACGUCAGGCACUUUGUCAUUGCGCUGUCGACUGUUUCCCGACCAUCAAAGUCAAUGGAGACCCUCAAACUGGCCUUCAAGAUGUAUGAGAGCGAGGAGAGUGGGGAGGUCCUGGAAGAGGAGCUCGCCUCCAUCUUUGAAAUAAUGCUGGGAGUGGAGGAGGUGGAACUUUCUGUGCUGUUUUUAAGUUUGGAAGAUCCUGACAAGGAGAAGAUCACAUAUGAUGAACUCUGUGAUUUCAUAGAGCAGCACCCACGCUUUGUCAUGGAUUACCUCAAUUUUAAAACCCACCCGCGCAAAUUCUGCUUUGGCCGACCUAAGAGCUGCAACGGCCAGAAGCACGACAAAGACAACUGAAUUAAGGACU